AUGGCCAAGACCGCUAAAGCUGCUAGCAAUAAGAGUACCAAAAAAUCUGUCAAGAGCAAGAAGGAGGAAAAGGUUGUAGACGUAUCUGCAUCUGAAUCUUCCUCUUCCUCCUCAAGCGAAAGCGAGGACGGCUCUUCAUCAUCUGACAGUGACUCAUCUAGCGAUUCCUCCUCGGAUAGCGAGGCUGAGAAGCCAAAGAAGGUGACCAAGAAGGAGGCCAAGAAGGAUACUAAGAAGGACGCUAAAAAAGAAACCAAGAAAGAAAAGGCUUCAAGCGCUAGCUCUGAUUCCGAUUCCGCUUCUAGCUCUGCUUCUGAUUCCAGCUCUGAUUCUGACUCUAGCUCUGAUUCUGAUUCCAGCUCUGACGAAGAAGAAGAAAAGGCGAAAGAGAAACCAGCCAAGAGCGAAUCCAAGUCGGCCUCCAACUCUGAUUCCAGCUCAGACUCUUCCUCUGAUAGCGAUAGCUCAUCUGAUGAUGAUGAAGAAGAGAAGGCAAAGAGUUCUUCCUCUUCAUCCUCUUCAUCUUCAUCUUCGUCUGAUGAUGAAGAUGUUCCAAAGAAACGUAAAGCUGAAGAAUCCGCUGAAGAGUCGUCUGAAGAGCCAAGUAACAAAAAGACCAAGGUUGAGCUAUCUGGUGAACCAGCUACUAUCUUUGUCGGUAGACUAUCAUGGUCCAUUGACGAUGAAUGGCUAAAAAACGAAUUCGAUCACAUUGGUGGUGUGGUGAGUGCAAGAGUCAUCUACGAAAGAGACUCCGACAGAUCUCGUGGUUACGGUUACGUUGAUUUUGAGGAUAAAUCAUACGCUGAAAAAGCCGUCAAAGAAAUGCACGGUAAGGAAAUUGAUGGUAGACCAAUCAACUGUGAUAUGUCUACCAGUAAACCAGCUGGUGGUGACCGUGCUGACCGUGGUGACCGUGCCAAGAAGUACGGUGAUGUUCCAUCCGAGCCUUCCGAGACUUUGUUCUUGGGUAACUUAUCGUUCAAUGCUGACAAAGACAACCUCUACGAAAUGUUUUCCAAAUACGGUGAUAUUGUGUCCGUUCGUAUUCCAACCCAUCCAGAAACCGAGCAACCAAAAGGUUUCGGUUACGUUCAAUACGGAAAUGUCGAAGACGCCAAGAAAGCCCUAGAAGCUCUACAAGGUGAGUAUGUCGACAACAGACCAGUUAGACUAGAUUAUUCUACUCCAAGACCAAACAACGACAACGGUAGCCGUGGUGGUCGUGGCGGUCGCGGCGGUAGCUUCAGAGGUGGUGACCGUGGUGGUCGCGGUGGUAGCUUCAGAGGUGGAGACCGCGGUGGUCGUGGUGGUAGCUUCAGAGGUGGAGACCGUGGUGGUCGUGGUGGCUUCAGAUCCAGCGGGUCCGGUGCCAACAACUCUCCAUUGGGUGCCAGAAACACCGCCUCAUUUGCCGGCACCAAGAAGACUUUUGACUAG